AUGCUUCGACGAAUAAAAGCGCAAGUGUCUCAAGUAGCUAAUGAGUUUGACGGUGUUCUGAAUGCGAAUAGCAGAGCUUCUCGUGACUCAAUACCCCCACAAAUAGCACAAGAUGAGGAAAUUGAAGGAAUGAUAUGUCCGAUGUGUAUGGCAUCUUUUUCCACGCCGGAAUUGCUUUCUUCACAUUUUGAAACUGAACAUGCAGAAACAUCAACUUCUGGAGUAGAAAACCCAAAUUUUGCCGCUUCUUCAAAUGAAAAACCGGCCACGUUUGCCACCAAAGAUCAAGAAAUUGAAGAACUUCGAACACAGUUGCGUGAAGAAAAAAGAUUUUCUGAAAGAAUAAAGGAAGAACUUCAAAAUAUUCAAACCGUAAUCGCUCAAGCGUCAGAUGUUCCAGAAGGCGAAGUGCCGUAUUUAAUGCAGCAGAUUCAAGUUUUAACAGCUGAUAAGAGCAUGGUUACGAAACAAUUUCUAGAAAUGGAAAAAGAUUUUACGCAGCAAAAACGACAAUUUGAGCAAGUUCAAGGAGAAAGAAAUGAUUUGAUGGCGAAGUUGAAGCAAAUGAGCUCUCAACUGCGCGUGAUUACUGAUGAAACCGAAGCCGUAAAAAUCGAGAAAGAGAAACUACAACGAGACUUGAAGACUGCGAAUUCUGAUAUAAGCAAAUAUGAAGUUGAAGUUACACGUUUAGAGAAGAUGCUCGACAUGAGGCCUUCUGAAGAUGAUGUUAAGGUGUUGCGAACAGAGUUAGUAAAUUCGCAACGUCUCAUGGAUCAAAUCUCACAAGAAAAAGAUGUUGAAAUGAAGGAACAAGUUGCUGCGAUUCGCAAUUUGAGCAUGGAGCGCGAAAAACAACAUCUUAUCAUUGAAACUCUAGAAAAACGUCUCUCUGAGUUUGAGGAAGGUGCUAAAGGAUCAUCUGAUGAAGUAGUCACACUUACCAUGCAAUUAUCGGAAGUUCAAGAAAACUUCAAAAGUUGUCAAAAAGAGAAUGAAGUUCUAAACGCACAAAUCAAAGAUAAAGAUGAGAGAAUUGAAGAGCUUAAAAAAAAGAUUGACUCGAACAUUGGUGAAUUGAAGAAAUGCAAGGAAAAUAUGAGCGAACUAGAGGAGAAGGUCAGACAGUCGGAAGCCGCUGUUCGCAUUGCAAAUGAUUCGAAUGACGCCAAUGAAUCGAAAUUGAAAUCACUUCAAGAAAAAAUUGAAAAGCUGGAGAUGGCAAAUAUGGACUUGACAAAUGAAUUAAGCUCGGUUGGAUCACUUCUCGAUCAUGAACGAGCACUUUUGGCUGAAAAGAACGCUGAAAUUUCGAAAAAAGAUGAAAUUAUCCAUAGUUUGAAAGAGCAGCUAGCUGAACUCGAAAACAAAUCCAGCAAAUAUCGAAACGAGCUUGAUGAGAGAGCAGCUCUUGUCGAAAAUCUUACAACUCAAAUCUCGAAACUACAAGAAUAUUCGAAAGAGUUAAUGGAAAAGAUCACGCAAGGAGAAGGUGGCGCCAAAAUGGCGAUUGAUCAGUUGGAGCAGGAGAAUAAAAGAAUGAAAGAGGAAAUUGAAGCGCUCGUCGAAAAACAUAAGAACACGGUCAAUGAUCUCGAAAAGAAAAUUGAGGACUUGGAAAAAUGUGUUCGCAAUGCUGAAGCAAUCAAGGCUGAAACUGAACAGAAGUGGAAAGAAGAAAAAGAAGAAUAUUCUAGAAGAAUCAAGGAAGCUGAUGAUGAAAUUAAGAGAAAGGCUGAACGAUUUGUUGAAAUGGAAAAGGAAAUUGAAGAAGAACGACAAAAAUCGGCAGACCGAGCGAACAAAAUGAAGGAAUUGCUUCUUCAGAAAGAAAGCGGAGCGGAACAAAUGAGAAAACAGAUUGACGAGGAAAAACAUGUGAGAGAAAAAGAUAUUCAUUUGGAGGAGAAUCGAAAGAAAAUUGAAGAUUCCGUUAAGAAACUACAAGAAGCUGAAAAAAGGGCUCUUGAACUGGAGACAAUGGUAUCGAUUCGCGAUGGAUCAUUAACAGCGAAGAACAAGACCCUAGAAGAGCUAAACUCGAAGCUUCGCGAAUCUGAAGGAUUCAUCGAGCAGCUGAAGUUGCAAGUUGAAAAGGUCUCGAAUGACAUUAAUGACAAAGACGCUGAAAUAAAUCAGAUCAUUUCGGAAAUGAAUGAAAAAGAAGCUCAUUGGAAGAUCAAACGGGAAGAAUUUGAGCAGCAGAUUGUGAGGAAUCAGGAAGAAAAUGAUGAAACCUGUGCAAAUCUGAAGACUACUCAAGAAUCGUUGAAAUUAGAAAAAGAGAGGAAUACUGAAUAUGAGGCGAAAAUAACAAAAUUGACGAAUAGUACAGAAGAGAUCCGAAAGGAGUUAGAAACCCUUCAAACUGAACACGAAGAAAAGCUUUGCGAACUAGAAAUGUUGAAAAAGAAUCUUGAAGAAACGCGUGUUGAACUGGAAUCCGUCAAAAAGCAAUCAGACAAUCUUCAAUCAGAGCGCGAUGAAUUAAAAAAGCAAGUUGAGGUGUUGAACCAGGAGAAAUACGAUAUUCAUUUGAAAACGAGCGAGGAGCUUGGAAAUUUUGAGAAAGAAAAGGCGAAUAUCGAGAAAGUACUUGAGGAAACGAUUGAGCAGAAACGAAUAAUCGAGGAACAACUCGCAAGCCGUGAAAACCAAGUUGCGACGCUCACAGAAAAUUUGAGGUUGAAGGAUGAGGAAAUUCAUGAGAAAUCGUCGAUUAUGGAAACAUUUACUGCGAGAAUUGAAGCGUUUGAAAAACAAUUGGCUGAUAAUAAUCGAACAAUUGAACGAUUGGAAGCUGAAAAAGCUGUGGAAGAAGAGAAAUGCACGUCGAUGACAGUUAAAUAUGAAGAAGCUCUGAAAACGUCUGACGAAGUAACGGUGAAGCAUUUCAAGGAGGUUGAAGAGUUUAGAAAUGAAAUUGAAGAGAAACAAUGUUCUAUUGAAAAGUUAAAACAAAAACAUGUUGAAUUCGAGAAAAUGUUUGAGGAAGUUCAAACCUCAUUGACUGUUGAAAUUCAACAGAAGAAUGAAAAAAUUGAACAACUACAGGAGCAAUUGGAAAGAGUUGAGGAAACGCUUAGCCAAACUCGAGAUGAGCUUGAGCAACAAAUUGUUGUGAAGCAGAGAAUAAUUGAAUCGAUGGAAGAAGAUGUGAAAACUCAAAAGGCGAGCGCCUUGGAUGCCACGAAAAAGGUUGAGGAAGCCGAAGCUGAAUUGAAAACUCUGCGUCAGCAGAUGGGCAGCUGGAAUGAGGAAAAAAAUGCGUUGCUCGAAAGAUGUUUGAAUUGUGAAAGUGAUCUCGAUUUUGAACGCGAGCGAGCCAUGGAAAAUAAGCGAAGAUUCGAUGAAGCGCUCUCAGCUAUGCAUGAGCUUGGAAGGGCCAACCAAUCACUUCAGAUGGACAAGGAUAGGUUCAACAGUAGGAAAUGGCUUGAUGACUCUGCUGCUGUAAACUGUACGGAUUGCGGAAAGAUAUUUACACUAACUGUUCGAAAACAUCACUGUCGCGUCUGCGGCUUAAUUUACUGCAACCAAUGCAGUUCAAAAACUACUCGAAUUCCCAGCGCUAAGAAUCCUGUACGAGCCUGUAAUCAUUGCUACAACGAAAUGGAAAAUCGUUAA